GCUCAGAGUGUGUAGUCAUACUCAUACUCCGUAUUUAGCUACAUCAUGCUGAAUAUUUUGUUUUUGUCCUAAACUAAACUAAAUUAAAUAAAUGUGGAAUGCAUCUCUGCUGCGUCCAACUUCCAUUUUGAAGUCUGCACUAACCACCUUGCUCGACAACUGCAAGUCAAUGCCAGAGCUAAAGCAAAUUCACGGUCUUAUGAUCGCUUUAGGCUUAUCUCAAGAUGAGUAUUUCAUGUCCAAAAUACUUUCCUUCUUAGCGCUUUCUGAUUCAGGUGACAUCAAUUACUCCUUCUGGGUUUUAUCCUCUCUCGUAAACCCACAAAUCUUUCAUUGGAACACAGUCAUUAGAGGGUACUCCAAGAGUAAAAAUCCAAACCGAUCAGUAUCAGUUUUUAUCAAAAUGUUGAAUGCUGGAGCCCUUCCUGACUAUUUAACAUUCCCGUUUCUAGUCAAGGCAUCUUCUCGCAUUUUAAAGCUAGAACUAGGCUGUUCUGUUCAUGCUCAUAUUCAUAAACGUGGGUUUGAGUCUGAUAUGUUUGUUUCGAAUUCUUUGAUUCAUAUGUAUGCAUCUUUUGGACAUAUUUUGUUUGCCCGGAAGGUUUUUGAUAGAAUGCCUCUUUACAAUUUGGUAUCAUGGAAUUCUAUAGUAGAUGGCUAUGCAAAAUGUGGAGAUAUGGAAUCAGCCCGCAAGCUGUUUGAUUUAAUGCCUGAAAGAUGCGUCUUGUCAUGGAGUUGUUUGAUUGAUGGUUACGUUAAAAAUGGUGAUUAUGGUGAUGCUCUGACUGUUUUUGAUGAAAUGUGUGCCUCUGGUUCCACUCCCAACGAAGUUACCAUGGUGAGUGUAUUAUGUGCUUGUGCUCACUUAGGUGCACUUGACAAAGGAAGAACAAUGCAUCAUUACUUGAUUGAUAAUGGCUUGCCACUGACAGUAAUCCUACACACCUCUCUUGUGGACAUGUACGCCAAAUGUGGAGCGAUCUUCAUGGCGAUUGAUGUGUUCCGUAGCUAUCGGGUAGGACCCGGUGACGUAUUACUUUGGAAUACUAUGCUUGGUGGACUUGCAACUCACGGUUUGGUCAACGAAUCGCUCAAUCUGUUUAAAGAAAUGAUUUCAACCUGUGUUAAGCCCGAUGAGAUCACCUAUUUGAGCUUAUUGCAUGCUUGUGCUCAUGGCGGGUUAGUAAACGAAGCUUGGUACUUCUUUGGUUGCCUUGGUGCACAAGGAACAAACGCCACGAUUGAGCACUAUGCUUGUAUGGUGGAUGUAUUGGCUCGUUCUGGUCAAACAUUAGAGGCAUACUGUUUCCUAAGUCAAAUGCCGAUAGAGCCAACUGCUUCCAUGUUGGGUGCUCUACUGAACGGAUGUAUGAAUCAUGGGAGGUUAGAACUUGCGGAAAUUGUGGGAAAGAAGCUGGUUAAGAUGGAACCGCACCAUGAUGGUAGGUAUGUUGGCUUGGCAAAUGUUUACGCUGCCAAUCUACAAUGGGAUGAAGCGAGAAGCAUGAGACAAACUAUGGAAAGGAUGGGGGUGAGAAAAUCUCCAGGUUAUAGCUUUGUUGAGAUUGAUCACACUCUUCAUAGAUUCAUCGCACACGAUAAAUCUCAUCCUAGUUAUGAAGUGAUAUGCAUGAUGUUGAGUUUCAUUGGUAGCCAAAUGAGAUCCAUUAAGAAUCAAGAAUUUUACUUUUUGUUUGAUCAGUUUUAAUCAAGCAUAUAUUUAUAUGGUUUGAUGAUAUUAAUCAGAGCCUACUGAGACCCAUUAAAAUGAUUCGAUC